CCAAAAUCGACAUUUUUCUUUGGGUUUUGCAACCUCCAGUCCACCUCGACGACGAAUUGACCACCCUCAUCUCCUCACCCUCCGACCGACGCCAAAAUGCGCUACAUCCACAGUGAGGAGACCCUGGAGGUCCCUGAGAACGUCAAGGUCUCGAUCAAGUCCAGGAUCGUUACCGUCGAGGGCCCCCGUGGCAAGCUCGUUAAGGACCUCAGCCACAUCGCCGUCAACUUCUCCGUCAUCAAGAAGGGCAUCAUCGGUCUCGAGAUUCACCAUGGCAACCGCAAGAACGUUGCCGCUCUCCGUACCGUCCGCACCAUCAUCAACAACUUGAUCAUCGGUGUCACCAAGGGCUUCAAGUACAAGAUGCGCUACGUCUAUGCCCAUUUCCCCAUCAACGUCAACGUUGAGAAGAACGCCGAGACUGGCAACUUCGAGGUCGAGAUCCGCAACUUCAUUGGCGAGAAGAUCGUCCGCCGCGUCGUUAUGCAGCCCGGUGUCGAUGUCGAGAUCUCCAAGGCCCAGAAGGAUGAGCUUGUCCUCUCCGGCAACUCCCUCGAGGGUGUCUCCCAGUCCGCUGCUGAUAUCCAGCAGAUCUGCCGGGUGCGCAACAAGGAUAUCCGUAAGUUCCUUGACGGUAUCUACGUCUCCGAGAAGGGCAACAUUGUCGAGGACCAGUAAACGUGCAGCUCGGCAUGGGUUUCUUUGUGCUUUAUGGGUCUCACCGGAGUGGCAAGGGUCUUUGGCAUUUGCAUGUUUUGUAGCGUAAGGGAAAAAAUUCGCUACGGGCAAAAUGGGCAAAUCUUUUGAAGAAUCACCCCCCCUUUCUCGGGGUCUCGCCAACUACCUAGCAUCAAUGUCCUGGGAGGCGUCCUGCUCUUCCAGUGGGUGACUGGGGGAGGAGAGACGGGCAUGUCACAUGUGUUCUCUUUGGACCAGGAAAACGCAACCGCAGAACAUAACGAGAGAAUACCCAAACAACACAAACCGAGCAUCGAGCGUGUGACGACCGUACAUGUCUGGGAAAAUGGGCAUCACGAGAGCGCCAGAGAAGAUGUUGGGGAUAAUUCUGUCUGUUAGGCUGAUGGUCAUAUUAUACCCAGACUAACUCAGUAGAUGAGCGAGUCGAAAAGUCUCCAGAGACCAAAUCUAAAAUGAGUCUUCACUCUGAUCGAG